UUACUUAUUCGGUAGCAUGGAUUGGUUUCAAAGAAAAUGGAUAGUUGACGAAGAGAAAGGCGAGCUAGAGUUUCUUUCUGCUGUUUUUGGAACCACUGAUAUAAUUUGUGCCGACGAGGAUGUCUCAACCUUCCAUGUCAUUCACAUUGCUGGUGAUUUCUACGUAGUGGAGCUGGUUAGCAUUGCUGGGGACAGUUUCAAGAAAUAUUUCAGCUUCCCCUCUCACACGUAUACACCACAAAAAUUAGAAGAAACCGAAAGUGGUGUAGAAACUUAUGAUAAAGCUGAGGUUACUUUAAAGGAGGAGAUGAUGAAGACAAGUUUCACCAAGAAAACGAAUGAAGACAGCUUCGACUACAGCAUGCAGCUCACAGGACACGAUUUGCUCUAUUAUCAACCUGUUCUGUAUGAUUGUUAUCUCGAGCGGAAGGGAAUGUAUGCCUGUAUUCAAACCAUCAGUAACAGAUUCUACGUCAAAGUGGGAGAAAACCCCAAAUAUGUAUCAAUGGCCUCCAACCAGGAGGAAGGUGAGCGGAGAAAAAAGAGAAGAGGAAACGGUUUCAGCAUGAAAAGAACUUACACCGCUCCAGAUGAAACAGGGCGCUGCACACUACAUAUGGAGUUGAAGUGCAAUGAUGUUGUGGCUCAUAUCCAUGCUUAUUCAAACGGAUGAGGACCAACUUUGUAAUCACGAUUUUUAAUGCUUUAAAAUUAAUCAAAUGUCAUAAAGUUAAUUUAAGAAUCGCAUUCACAGACGCAACGGUUAAGAAAGCUGUUUUAUAUGCUCAAACCAAGUUUUGACUCAGAUGAGGUUAUCUUGCUUUCUAGCUAGAGGAAUGAAUCAUGUCGAACAUGUCGAACAUCUCAACCUCGCACGAACCAGCUUUCGUAUACAAACUGUAAAGUCCAGAGUUUAGAAAUUUGUGAGAGCCUAGUCUGACUUCUCA